UUUUUAUUCCAGCGUCAUCUCCCUGCGCCAUCGUGGAACUUCGCCACCAUCAUGCGCAACGAUGCCGUGAUCUUGGUAUAUGCAGGCCAAAGUGGGAACAACAAUGGGGGAAGCGGUGGAGGUGGCCAACCGCCUGGCCUCAUGAUACUCGGACGAGAAGAGCAGGAGUACCAAAUGAACAUGCAACGGAAUCGCUUGCAACGGCUGCUCAGCACGACCAUCUUCGUGUGCUUCUUUCUCCUCUUUCUGGACGGCAACACGCAACAAACGCGCAUGCGCAAUGCUGGCCCAUCGAUUGCCGACAAGUGGCCAUUCACGGACAACGCGACGGAGCGCGCAACCCAGAUCCGAUAUUUCCUGUCGCUACUCGACUCGGAGAGGCAGCUUCGUCAUCCUGGACAAAUCAUUGUGGAAGACAACAUCACCGGCGUAUAUAAAGGCGAAUGGGUGACGAUGUCGAAGACAGCCUAUCAAGCCGAACAAGCAAUGCAUGAAGCGAAUCGAUCAGUGCAUCCAGCGUACCGCCCGUACUAUGGGAGUGGCGCAGCCUCGAACACGACCCACAUCGCGGGGUCGGCGGACGUCGCGACCGUGUCCAACAGCGGCAUUCUCUGGCUUAUCUUGAGUGAAAAGCCGUCGCCUGUCAACGAAGUUAACAAAGAUAUCGCUUACGUCGUCGGGCAAGCCAUCAUGCACGACGAGAUGCUCGCGAUGACGAUCCUGCCGGUCCAAGGCGUUUUCCUCCGUCGUGUCGGCCGCCUCACGCUGUUUGGAAACAUUCCCGAAUCCAGCGUCGACUUGGUAUAUCCGUCCUAUACUGCCGCCGACACGAACAGCUCAACCAUCGGCGGCCUCGACAUUGAUGACGACGAAGAAGACGAAAUGCACUUCGAAGUUUCUCCGCCUCGAUACAAUCCGUUCACUGGCUCGAACCAGCGACUGCGCACGGGGGGCGGCUUCCCGACCCAGCGCGAGCAGUGCGUGUACACGCUCGACUUCGAAGUGGACCGAAAUUUGAUCAAACCGGGCGACGUCAACUCGGUGGGCGCUGUGUCCGGGAUCGCCGGUAGUGACGUGUGUGGUCUCUACUGGCGUGCCAACGCGACGUUUGUCGAAGAAAACUUCAACACGUUUUACACGAAAGCGAGUGGUUACGCCAUCAUGAUGGCAUUGCUGUGCCUCGCACAAAUCUACUUAUUGCUCAAGCAACUGCAAGUGAGCAGCACCCAGGCGGCAGCGGCCAAGGUGAGCCUGGUCACAGUUGGGGCCCAAGCAGUCGUCGACUCGUACUUGUGCUUGCUGCACUUGACGACAGGCAUUGUGGCCCAGCACAUCUUUACGCUGUUCGCGACCGUGUCAUUCUUCCAGCUCAUCAUAUUUUCCAUCUUCGAAAUGCGCUUCCUCCUCUUGAUCUGGAAGGCACGACGGCCCCAGCAGUUUACGGAAGGCUGGAACGUGAUGCGACGAGAGCUCACGACGCUGUACUCGAGAUUUUACAUUUCGUUGCUGGUGGGGCUAUGCGUGAUCUACUACGGCUGGCCAUGGAUGCAAGUGCUCGUUGUGAUUGCGUCGUCGUUCUGGGUGCCGCAGAUCGUCCAUAACGUCCACCGUGAAGUGCGGAAUCCACUGGACAAUGGCUACGUAGUCGGGAUGUCGAUGACGCGGCUCUUCUUGCCUUUGUACUUGUAUGGGUGCCCGAACAACUUUCUCACGGCCAUGCCGAUCUUUCCGCUGCAAUACCAUCCCCACCUGUGCGUGGGGCUCGUCGUGUGGAUGACAGCCCAAGUAGCUGUGCUUUUUCUUCAGCGAUACUGGGGCCCUCGGUUCUUUGUCCCGGCCAUGUUUUUGCCAGUCAAGUACAACUACGAACGGCGCAUGGACCCUGACCAGUUGUCGCUUCUCCGCGUGAACCAAGGCGACGAACUAGACUGUGUCAUUUGCAUGGUGCGUGCGGCGCGUGUUGAGGACCAUGGGCUGACCCAUGCGCAGGUGGAGCUCGAUAUGGAAGCCCGUGACUACAUGAUAGCUCCAUGUGAUCACGUGUUCCAUCGCCCGUGCUUGCAAGAAUGGAUGCAAGUCAAAAUGGAGUGCCCCACCUGUCGGAGCGUGCUGCCAGAACCGUAGCGGGUCCCCCACCAGCCAGCUUAUCAUUUACUAUAUACACUGGAAACUACACCACGCCAUCUUGGCACACACCGAGAUGACGAUCGCAGUCGGAGGGCAGCGCCACGAUGUGCGACGACC